CCUGUAUUCACACAGGACGUCAUCUGUGUUUGAGCAUAAAAACAUCCAAGUGGGCGUUCAGAAGAGUUUGGUGCUUUCUUUGCUUUUUCUCCGGAAACUUUCAAAAAUGGUGCAGCAACUCUCCAAAUCUGGAGCGAAGGAGACUCCUGAGCUGAAGGCUGGUCAUCCUCCGGCAGUGAAGGCUGGAGGUAAACGGGUAGCCAAGAAGAGCCUGGAAGACAGUGCCACCCAUGGGGCUCCAGAGAGGGAGACCAAGCGGUCUGAUAAAAUAAGGUCAGUCGCCACCUCCAACAGGAUGCAGCAAGUUGGUAUUCUUCUGGCAGGAACUCUUGACAAGCUGAGCCACGACUUCCCAGAGACACCAGUGAGCGUGAGGCACAGCAAGGUGCGCCCUGCAGUGGAGAAGCCCCACUCACCCCGGACCUUCUUCAUCCAGCAGCCGAGAAAGUUUUGAACAACAUGUGUUUCAGAAUGCCCCUGAGGGGAACCAUGUCAAGUCAACUGUGAAAGACCAACAUGAAGCGUUAGACACAUGAGGGGACUGACAGGUUGUAAAGUGUCAGUGUUAAUGGAGAGGAAGCUUUCAUCGAGCUCUUUGUUUACUUUUUUUAGACCGUGCUUGUUUGUGAGAGUACUAUAAACCAGCAUUUAAUGUGCCUUUCCUAGUGGUAUAAGAAAUGGUGUAGUUGUAUUUCCCAGCUGAUGAAAACCAGAUGGCUUUUGGGUAUGUUUAAUGUGAGGGUUGGGGGGGUUGGUAAGUGAGGUUUUUGAGACCAUUUUUUCCAGUGGAAUCUUCAUGUAUUGCUUGGCACUUAUUAGAUUUAAUUAAAAAAAGAUACUGCAUGGCA